CAAAUAGAUCCAUUGCCCCACCAACGUCUUUUUUUCACUGUAUGUCUUUGUAUGAGACUGAGCAGGUACAAGAAGACGUGGAAAUUUAUUUUUAUUGUCUAUCAAUGACUAGGAAGCUUACUACGUUGCAGUCGUCCAAGUUUACCAAAGCAGUUACCGCUUCGAGUUGUUUCCGUCGUGGCCGGAGCGUUCGAGCUUGGUCUGGUCUUCGCAUUCCUUUGAUCGGGUCAGCCCGUCGUCAAUGUGGCGAAGCUAAGAGCCUGUCUCAAUAGAUUGUUCAAGUGCUAUCGCGUAUGCCGUAGGGGCUGUAGGUUGUCGGAAGAAUGUCUGGAUUUCGCCACCGUCGCCAUCGUAUGGCCAACCCUCCUCGAAAUGGUCGUGCGUUAUGGGGCGCGCUCAAGAGGAAUUUACCGUCAUACGUCGGACGUCGAAGGCGGCACGCGCGACGUCUGUUGAAACCUCGUUAUUUUAUCGACCCCGAAGCUUCUGCCAAGAGAAUGUGGGACUUACUGCUCACUUUUCUCGUACUUUACACCACUUUAGUGGUGCCGUAUCGUGUGUGCUUCCAAGUGGAGGCAGGAGGCGGCUUUGCCGUCGUGGAGACGAUGAUGGACGUGGCGUUCUUCGUCGACAUCGUCUUUAACUUCAUCACCGGUCUCCAAUUACCUUCCGGCGAAGUUACUUACAAUUUCCGCGUCAUUGUCAAGGCGUAUCUGCGUGGCUGGUUUACUGUCGAUUUCUUCUCGACGCUCCCGUUCGAGUCGCUUGCAAAGCUAUUCGGAGUGGGGAAUAACGCGCAUGCUGCUCUUCUAUCGGCAAAGUUACUGCGUGGACUGAAAGUGCUGCGAUUGUUCAAGCUGGCUCGGAUUCGACGUCUGGGGAAAGUUUUCGCCAAUCUGGAAGAUGCAGUCUACACGAACCAGAGUCUUAUUUCGCUGGCAAAAUUGGCACUUACUAUGCUCUUCAUCGCACAUCUUGUGGCUUGCCUGUGGUAUGCUAUUGGGAAGACAGACUCAGAGGAAUCCUGGUUGAUCAGUAUUUCACUGGAUCCAGCGGGUGUCGUUACUGAUACUGACUCGCUUCAGUAUGUCAGGUCCAUGUAUUGGGCUAUCGUUACAAUGACGACGAUAGGAUACGGUGACAUUGUAGCACACAGCAACAAUGAAAGGUUACUGAACAUCGCAGUUAUGGCCGUGGGGGUAUCGUUCUUUGGUUAUGUCAUCGGUACAAUCUCGACCUUAGUGACAAACCUCGACGUCGCAGCUGCGCGAUAUGAUGAGCGGAUGACGGUUGUUAAGGAAUACAUUAUCUCGCGUCGUAUGCCCAAGUACAUUGGCAAUAAGAUCCGUCACCAUUUCGAGUAUUUCUACCAGAAUCGCUCAGUUUUUAAGGAACGUCGGAUACUUAAACGACUCCCAUCUGCGCUCCGGAACGAAAUGAUCCAUCACGUACACUCAAAAAUCGUGUCGAGUAUCAAAUACUUUGUAAACUGUCCCGAAAGCUUGAUCAGUGACAUCGUGAUGGCAAUGCGUCCAUUUGCUGUGCUUAAAGACGAGUAUAUAUACGUCGAGCACGAGAUUGCGGCGCAUGUAUUUUUUAUCAUAAAGGGAAAGAUCCAAUUGGUCAAGACAGUCAGACGUGGAAAAGAAGAUAAACGUCUUGCAACCAUGAGUGUGGGGGAUCACUUUGGCGAGCUGGAAGUGUACGACCAUGAGCACGGCAACGGUGUGCGUAUCUGUUCGGCUGUGGCAAAAUCUUACAGUGAGCUCACUUUUCUCUCUCGGGAAGCCAUUCAAAAGAUCAGCGUCAGUUGGCCCGAGGUUAUCAAACAUUUCCGUGAAACUGCAGCAACGAUCGCGAGCAGUAUGUGGCGGCGCGUGGAUCCUGCAGUUUUUGACACAAGUAUCAAGCCCGUCCCGCUCAUUCCUGUUUAUCACAAAAGCGUUGAUAUCCCGGAUGUGGUUGCCAAGACUUCUAUAAUGAACAGCAAGGUUAGACCAGCUCGUAUCGCCCCGUUCAUGCCUUCGAAUGUAAUCGACACGUCUCAAUCGAGACCUCAGACUAUAAUAGAGGAGAGCAGCGAGAUCGGAGAUCAGCAGUCAAGCGUGACCGAAAAAACUACUUCUUCUGAUGGCACGUCGACAAUUGAUCAGAUCGAUUCAACUCCUGUGCAAGAGAGGAGCAACCAUGCGUGGCUAGCCUCUCCCGAACCAAGUGAUCCACCUUCGAUUCACGCUGUACAUCCGCUUACAAGACCGUUUAGUACAAUCGCCCAAGGUCGCAAAGCUACACUUGAGGCAUUACCUGGCUCACCAUCAGCGAAAGCAAAGAUCAGUACUAAAGGAGUGACGUUCGAUAGAUUAGACACUCUGGAUCCAAAUGACGACCAAUCUGGGGAAAAUGACGAUGACUCUGAACACAGUGAAGACGCUAUCCAACCUGAUUCCAACUCGUUUUCAACUCCCGAGCAACGAUAUGCUCCUUCUACAUUAUCUGGAAGUAUACCGGAAAACGCACCGUUGUCGACUGAAUCACAAGAGGAAAUACAGCGGCAUCACGAGAGAAGUUUAGCUCUUCUACAACUAGCCAGCCAGAUUAUCGACCAACAACCAGAAGAUUUACCGCACGAGGGACGCACAUCAUUGGCUGGAGCCAGUAACGAGAAUGAACUCCAUGAUAUGAUUGUCAAGAUACGGGACUCACCACAUGAACAUACUAAGCGAAAUCUCAAGUCCGAGCGUGUGAUGCUUCAGGGAACGUAUUUGUUCCACCCUCAAGAACCCGCGAUCGUGUUUUGGCAGUUUUUUGUGGGUAUUGGCAUCGUGUAUUCGAUCAUAGUCGUACCAUUUCGAUUGGGUUAUGACGUCGACGCGGUCGGUGGAUGGUAUGUGCUCGAGAUGAUCAUUGAUGGCUUCUUCUUCGUGGAUAUAUUACUCAAUUUUCGUACCGCCUACUUCGACGACGAACGAAAACUUAUUUAUGAUCCUCGCACUCUUUUCUGGAAAUAUGCCAAGGGAUGGUUCCUUCUCGAUCUCAUCUCGACCGUUCCAAUCGACGAGCUGUUCCAAGCUGCUGUGGGAACUUCUAACCAGACGUUGCGGCUGUUUCCUACUAAGCUGUUGAGACUCUUCCGAAUCGCUCGAUUGCUUAAACUCACUCGGUUGAUUAAACUCAGUCGAGUCUUCGGUCGUGUACGCGAUACGGUUCAGUUGAGCCCUUCGACAGAGCGACUUUUUAAGUUACUGGCAAUUAUGUCGAUCUUUUGUCAUUGGAGUGCGUGCAUGUUCCACAGCAUCAUGAUGAUAAGUGAAUCUGCGGGUUAUCACAGUUGGUGUGUCGACGCGUUCUUUCCGAAUGAACCACAGCUCAUUGAGUGCGUCGAUCUGGUUCCGGUUGGCGAUCGAUACAUUGCAGCACUCUACUGGGCGUUUACUACACUUACAACUGUGGGCUAUGGCGAUGUAAAGCCCAGUCUCCAUUCGCCGUACGAACUGGUCGUGGUGAUUGUUCUCGUGGUAGUGAAUGCCACUGUUUUUGGUUACAUUGUCUCGUCAGUCAUGACACUCAUCCAGAAUUUAGACCCAAGUGACCGUGAGUAUCGACUGCUAAUGACUGAGAUGAAAGAUUACCUGCGCGACGCGACUGUCAGUGAGCGUCUGUGCACUAAUGUCAAAAUGCACUACCAACAUCACAUUGCAUGCACUAGCCUCUUCCCCGAACAAAAGCUAUUUGACAAGAUGGCUCCAAGUUUGCGCUUUGAUGUUGCUCGUCUGGUUGCGGUGGAGAAUCUAUUCUCAAUUCCACUUGUCACAGUUAUGGAGGACUCCUUCAAAGGCUUCGUAUCGUACGCACUCUUCCUCAUGAAGCCCGUUUGCAUUCAGCGAGGCGAGACAGUGUGUCGCUGUGGCAGUCCUGGCAUCGAGACGUUCUUCCUGGUUGAGGGCGAGUGCGAUCUCUUCAACUCCAAGACAAAUGUGGGUCGUAUCAUCAGGGAAAACUCGGUCUUCGAGCAGUACGCUCUAAUGGCUCAACCCGAAGAACUCUAUCGAACAGUUUCCACAGCUACUGCGCUUACGGGCAAGUGCAUCCUAUAUUCUCUCACUAUCCAGGAUUUUAAGACACUGGAGAACGUCUCACCAGCAGUAAGCACGUACUUUUUGAGCCAGCUGGCGUCCGUAUUGGUCGCCGACGAAAUGUACUCGCUAUUACCACACCAGAAGACAAAUGUUCAACUCGCACUAUUACGCGGUCAAAACUUCCGAUCCGUUGCGGAGCAGACUCGUGGAAGGGUGAAGCUUAAGGAUCUCGGUCGAGUGGCCAUGGCGAAUCUCUACAAGCGACGAGGUAGCGAGUGGUCCCCCGAUCUUCUACCUAAACAACUGCAGAUGCUCGCGGAGAAGGAACGAGCGAGUGGCGUUACAGUUGCGAAUGCCAAUGUGAACGCCAUCGCGAAUCGCCAAGCUGAAAGCGAAAACGAACAAAUCGACAAUUCGUCCACUGCCUCAACAAUUGAACACAACGGUGAAUCUGACAGCAACGUGCUCUACAACACGACGCAGUCUACCAGUGAAGCGCCUGAGACCUCAGAACGCACUAGUUCUAGAAGAACUCAAGUUGUGCACGUCAUUUAGCGUUUUGUAACAUAAGAAAAUGCUUCGAUAGAGAACACCUUUUCUAGUCGCGUUUGCAAA